AUGCACUUCUCUAAGGUUGCCCUCCUUUCCGCGCCUGUGAUGGCCAUGGCCAGCCCUGUCGCCUUGGAAGCAAGACAGGACAACACUUGCUGCUAUCAAACCGAGGAUGUGAACGCCCUCGUCUUUGUGACCAAAGGCCAGUCAUCUCAGACUCUUGAUACGCUUAACUGGUGUUAUCUGCAGGUUGACCGCGACGUGACUGAUCCAGACAAUUGCGAGAAGGCGACGCGAUCAUACUGGGCUGGGUACUGUCCCUCGGAUGGCACAAAGGUUAUCCCGUGCCCCUAG